AGAAAAAUAUCAGACGAAGUAGAGAACCCCGGAAACUAUGACAAGAUGGCGGAAAGUGAAAACAGCAGCGAUAUGAGACAGCCGUCAAAUUCAGACGCUGGACCUCCUAAAUUAUCCGAGCUGCUGGAUCGUGGGUGGAAGAUAUUUAAGGAGGUGGACUGUACAGAUGAACCACUAGGUUCCAACAGCAUCCAGGUGAGACUGAAACGCGGAAUCGGUAUGUUAGAAGAAGCGUCCAGAAUGGUAGCUCAGCUCGACCUGUUCAGCCGUAACGAGGAGCUGGAGGAGGUCGCCACGGCGGACCUGAAGUACCUGCUGCUGCCCGCUCUCCUAGGAGCGCUUACCAUGAAGCAGACCAGCAGGGGCAACCGUCUGGGCAUAGUCCAGACAGCCCGGGCUUACUUCAUGGACUUCCUGCGGAGAUGUAAAGAGUAUAACAUAUCACAGUUUGAGCUGCCAGCGUCGACGGAUGAAGACACAAGCGGUUUCGACGAAGCUUCUGAAAAUGGACUCUCUGCAGCCAUGUCUGCCCCCUGCCCGUCAGACCUGGUUGCCAUGGCAGCACAGAGACAAGCUAAGGUCGAGCGGUACCGUCAGAAGAAGGAGCUGGAAGCCAGAUUGUCGGACGUACAGAGAGCUGUGGACAGCGGAAAGGCUGAUGAUGAAGUCAGCAGAGAUUUUUACCUUCUGAACAUCCGGAGGUGGGUCACUGUGUGUCUGGAGGAAAUAGAGAGCAUUGAUCAGGAGGUGGAGAUACUUAAGAAGAUGGAUGUUCUGAAGCAUAGUGCUGCCAAGCAGCCGGCACAGCCAGUCCGGCCUCCCAUGAAACCAUUCAUCCUCACCAAGGAUGCUUUACAGGCUCAGGUUUUUGGGGCUGGUUACCCCAGUCUUCCCACCAUGACUGUAGAUGACUGGUAUGAACAGCACAGGAAACAUGGAGCCCUGCCUGACCAGGGGAUCCCAAGGAAGGUCGCUGUGGAGGAUGAAAGUGAUGCAAAAGAGAGGGAAGAAGAGGAAAAAGAGAAAAAGGCUGAACAGGAUGAUGAGGAGUCUCUGCUGAAAGCCAGAAACUGGGAUGACUGGAAGGACACUCAUCGCAGAGGUUAUGGAAAUCGCCAGAACAUGGGCUAACUGAUCCCAGCACAGUGUGUGUCCACCAGCCCUGCUCUGUCUUCAUUUCUAAUACAGGACACUCUUCACAGCUCUGAUCCCCAAAGCCAUGGGUAUGAGAGGGAAACAUACCACAGCAUCACCUGACCACCCUGCUCACUUCACUGAUUGGUUUCUGUGCAGGUUGACACUACAGCUGAUUUCUUCAUGUUACAUUUGCUGUUGUCAGUCAUUUACAGUACAGCAGUCCUGUGUGGUGUCAUGUGUCCAACUGAGUCUUAAUAAAAAUUUACAGUAUGGCUGGACUAAAUGGAGCCCAGUCAUGAUGCCCUUGUUUCUGCUCUGCAGUGUGUAUUCUUCCAACACUGUCGCUGGACAAUAAAGACUGAUCAAACCCUG